UGGACUCCAGCCAUCCCAGCCACAUGUCUCCUUGACCAGGUGCCUUAUGUUGGGGCGAGUGUGCGGCAGGUGGAGCACGUGUUGUCGCUGCUGCGAGGACGUUAUGAAAAGCUGGAGGACCUGGGCUCUGGCGAUGGCAGGAUUGUGCUGGCUGCCCACAGAUGCGGUCUCCGCCCCGCUGUGGGCUAUGAGCUGAACCCGUGGCUGGUGGGGCUGGCCAGGCUGCAUGCCUGGAGGGCAGGCUGUGCCGGCAGUGUCUGCUACCACCGUGAGGAUCUCUGGAAGGUGAGCCUGAGGGACUGCCACAACGUGUGUGUGUUCCUGGCCCCCAGCGUGCUCCCACUGCUGGAGGGAAAGCUACAGGCAGAACUACCUGAGGGGGCCCGCGUGGUGUCGGGACGCUUCCCCCUCCCCACCUGGCAGCCUGUGGCUGUGGUGGGUGAGGGCCUGGACCGUGUCUGGGCCUAUGACGUCCAUGGUGGUGGGCCAGGUGGGCAGGCUGCUCCAGCACCCAGUUCUGCCUUGGUCCCUAGGGCCCCUGACCCUCAGGCUGCUGACCAUUGCAUUGUGGCUACAAUAAAGACUCUGUAGGCUCCA